UUUUCUGCUCGUGAUACAAUUUUUAUCUUAAUCUUAUUUCAGGCAAUGGCAAACUUAAUCAAUUCCACGACAACUUUAAUAAAUGACGCCUACGAUUAUUACCUCUGGACGCUGUCGCUUGCCGAUGAACGAACGAGAGGAUGGCUGCUGGUCGACUCGCCAAAACCUACUUUGAUAUAUACGAUGUUGUAUUUAUUUAUCGUAUGGGCCGGACCAAAGAUUAUGAGAAAGCGGAGAGCUUUCAAGUUAACGUGGGCACUUGUUCCGUAUAAUCUCGCGAUGGCCUGUUUGAACGCGUAUAUCGCGAUACAGAUCGCUCAUGCAGUCUGGUGGUACUACUUUAGCAAACUUUUGGAAUUCUGUGAUACGUUUUUCUUUAUCUUACGAAAGAAAGAUAAUCAAUUAAGCUUCCUUCAUGUUUACCAUCAUUCCACUAUGUUUUCGUUAUGGUGGAUUGGCAUUAAAUGGGUUCCAAGUGGAUCCACUUUCCUACCAGCAAUGGUGAACAGUUUUAUCCACGUCCUUAUGUAUUCAUACUACGGCUUAUCCGCAUUGGGACCGUCUGUAGCUAAAUAUCUCUGGUGGAAGAAAUAUUUAACGAUCCUACAAUUAAUCCAAUUUACCACUGCCUUGAUCCUUGGUAUCAAUGGCAUUCGAUCGGGAUGCGAUUUCCCACUCUGGAUGCAGUAUGCUCUUGUCAUUUACAUGAUCUCCUUUAUCGUUUUAUUCGGAAACUUCUAUAUCAAAGCCUACAUUGCCAAGGGUAAACAAGCAUACGCGGAGAAACAAUUGCAAAAAAUGAAAGCGAAUAAGCAAUUGAAAAAAGAAGUUACCAGCGGAGUUGUAUGUAAUGGAAACGUUACGAAUGGACAUGCCAAUGGAUAUUCAAAUGGUGUAUCCAAAAAGAUUCAGUGAAAAAUGCAUUUCUAAAUUAAGAUAUUUAAACGUCAUUCAAACUACAAGUAGAUUUAGUUACAAAAUCGAAGUGAAUGGAAAUUUUUUUCUAAAAAUGAUUCAAUUGAUAAUAAUAAUCUGACCAGAAUUUUCAGUCUUUGUAACUGCCUCGUUCAUGAAUGAGCGACAUUUAAUACAUUGUACUUAUACAUACAUAUACAUACAUACAUACAU